AUGGCCUCUGAUAUGACUUCCCCAUGGCUAGUGGGAGGUGAUUUUAAUGUCAUAUGGGAUGAAGAGGAGAAGUUUGGUGGACUGCUAGUGUCUUUGAAUGAGGUAGAUGAUUUUAGACACUGUAUCAACACUUCUAAUUUGUCAGAUAUGGGGUUCAAAGGAAGUAUAUUCACCUGGUGGAAUGGAAGAUCAGAAGAUGAUUGCAUAUUUAAAAGAUUAGAUAGGUGCUUAAGGAAUAUGGAAUUGCAACAAACUUUCCCAUGUGAUAUUGAAACUUCUCCAAUCAAGAAACCAUUCAGAUUUCUGAAUUUCUGGACCAAACAUGACUCUUUUAAGUCAGUGGUGAAGGAGAACUGGAAAGCAGAUUUUAGUGCAAAUCCCUUUGUGUUGUUCAAUCAUAAACUAAAGAAGCUGAAAAGGGUACUAUCUACAUGGAGCAACACAACAUAUGGAGAUAUUUUUCAAAAGAUUGCAAGCCUAGAAGAGGUGGUUCUAGUACAUGAAAGGCAAUUUGAAGCAUAUCCUACUCAGAUGAAUAGAGAGAGGUUGCAGAAAGUGCAGGCAGAAAUGAUUAGAUAUCUGGCACUAGAGGAGGAGUUUUGGAAGCAAAAGGCAGGUAUGACAUGGUUCAAAGAUGGUGAUAGAAAUACCAAAUUCUUCCAUGCUCAAGUCAGAGAAAGAAGAAAAAUGUUGCAGCUAAAGAGGAUCAAAGAUAGUAGGGGCAUCUGGAUUGAAGAGGAUGAAAAAAUUGCAGAAGAAGCAGUUAAUUUCUAUAACGAGCAGUUCACAGAAUCUGUAGUUCCCUCAAAUUUCCACAUCAUGGAGCAUGUACCUAGAAUACUAGAAAAUGGACAAAAUGAGAAUCUGGUAGCAAUUCCUACAAGAGAAGAAGUGAAAAAUGCAGUUUAUGGUUUAAAUGGAGACUCAGCAAGUAGACCAGAUGGAUAUACUGGGGCAUUCUAUCACACAUGCUGGGGUAUUGUUGGAGAGGACAUCUAUGCAAUGGUGUUAGCCUUUUUCAAUGGUCAACAGCUGCCAAAGUGUGUUACACACACGAAUCUAGUACUCUUGCCAAAAAAGAAAGAGGUUACUACAUUUUCAGAUCUUAGGCCAAUUAGUCUCAGUAACUUCAUUAACAAGAUUUUUUCAAGAGUUAUUCAUGAAAGGUUGGUGGAGCUUCUGCCUAGUAUAAUUUCUGAAGAGCAAGCAAGUUUUGUAAAGGGAAGAAGUAUAGUGGAGAAUGUGCUAUUAACUCAGGAAAUCAUAACUGAUAUUAGGCUAAGAACAAAGGCUGGGCCUAAUGUUGUGAUUAAACUGGAUAUGACAAAGGCCUAUGACAGGCUAUCAUGGCUGUUUCUCACCAAGAUGCUAAGGAAAUUAGGCUUCUCUGCUGAAGCUCUAUCAAGGGGUCAGAAUUCUCUGCACUCAAAUUUAUAUUUCUGUGGUUUUCGACUUCCCAAAUUGAGUCCAGAAAUUAAUCAUCUAGCUUAUGCAGAUGAUACCAUCAUUUUUUGUUCAUCAGAUGCUACAUCAUUGAGACUGGUGAUGGAAAUUCUGCAUUUAUAUGAGGCUGCUUCUGGACAGCUGAUAAACAAGAGUAAAUCGGCGGUGUAUAUGCAUCAUUUAACAGACUUGGAGGUGGUCAAAAAAGUUGAGGGGGUAACAGGUAUAGGAAGGCAGGAUUUUCCUUUUACAUAUCUGGGGAGUCCCAUCUUUUAUGCAAGGAGAAAAUUGGAGUACUAUUAUCCUACGGUUACCAAGAUUUUAGACAAGCUACAAGCAUGGAAAGGGAAGCUAUUAUCUAUAGGGGGCAGAGCUGUGCUGGUUUCUAGUGUCCUGCAGAGCAUGCCAGUAAACUUGCUAUCAGCUGUAAAUCCCCCUAAUUAUGUCAUAAACAGAUUACAUAAAAUUUUUGCUCAGUUCUUUUGGAGCAGUGCUGUGGGAGAAAAUAGUAGGCAUUGGGCAUCAUGGACCACAUUAUGUAUGCCAUGUAAGGAAGGAGGAAUAGGGUUCAGAUCAUUGCAUGAUGUGUCUAAGGAACUUUUUUGCAAGCUGUGGUGGAAUUUCAGGACUAAGCCAAGUUUAUGGAGUUCAUUCAUGAGUCAGAAAUACUGCAAGAAAUUGAAUGCAGUAAUUGUUCCAUGGAGGGAAGGAUCACACGUGUGGAGGAAAAUGCUUGAAUGUCUAGGAGCACUCUACUUUCUAGUACCACCAGACUUUGGCAUAGAUGAUGAUAUACACAAUGUGAAUGAGUUGGUGGAUAAUGAAGUCUGGAAUGCCGAUAGGUUGAUACAGCUUUUACCUGAGGAUUUGGCACAACACAUUCUUGAAAAGAUCAGGCCUCCUGCUAUGGAAAAUGUCCUAGACACUCCUUUUUGGAUGCUUGAAACAAGGGGUCAUUUUACUAUUAAGACAGCAUGGGAAUAUCUAAGAAGGAGGGACAAUCCUAGGAUAGCAUAUAAGAAGAUAUGGGUGAAGGGGCUUUCUUUCAAAAUUUCAUUUUUCAUGAAAGUUUGGAAGGCUAAAUUACCUCUUGAUGACUUCAUGAGAAGGUUAGGCUAUUUUAUGCCAUCUAAAUGCUGGUGUUGUGCUGCACCUAAGGAGGAAUCUCUUGUGCACUUAUUUUUCACAUCAAGGGCUGCUGAAAUUGUAUGGAAAUUCUUCCUACUAAGAGCAGGAAUUGUAGUGCAGGGGCUGACUUUGCACCAAGCCAUUACAAAAUGCUGGAAUGCAUCAGGGUUCCUAGAUUAA